GCUUCCCCAUUCCUUCUUCUCUAUCUUCCAUUAUGGCCACCCACCAUUCCCAUUAUGACCCGGAAAACUCCACGACCCAUUACACUGUCCUGCCGGACCAACCCGAAUCCGCCGGGUCCGGUCACCGGAAAUCCCUCAAAGUCGUCUCCGGCAUUCUUCUCUCCUCCUUCUUUUUGCUUUCUUUAGUCUUUGUGAUCGUCAACCAAUCUUCAGACUUAUCACAAAAAAACUCCCACUCGUCGGAGACCUUGACGCCGGCGUUGUCAAGAGGUGUAUCUCAGGGAGUUUCCGAGAAGACUUUCAGGGAUGUGUCCGGUGGAAGCCUUUCGUACUACCCGUGGACUAAUGCUAUGCUUACUUGGCAAAGAACUGCUUACCAUUUUCAACCUCAAAAGAAUUGGAUGAACGAUCCUAAUGGUCCAUUAUACCACAAAGGAUGGUACCAUCUUUUUUAUCAAUACAAUCCUGAUUCAGCUAUUUGGGGAAAUAUCACAUGGGGCCAUGCAAUAUCCACGGACUUGAUCCAUUGGCUUUACUUGCCCUUCGCCUUGGUUCCUGAUCAAUGGUACGAUAUCAACGGUGUCUGGACCGGGUCCGCGACCUUCCUACCCGACGGUCAGAUCAUGAUGUUAUACACCGGUGAUACCAAUGAUUACGUGCAGGUGCAAAAUCUUGCGUACCCCGCCAACUUAUCGGAUCCCCUCCUCAUCGACUGGGUCAAGUACCGGGGCAACCCGGUCAUGGUUCCACCACCCGGCAUUGGUGUCAAGGACUUUAGAGACCCAACGACUGCUUGGACCGGACCACAAAACGGGCAGUGGCUGCUUACCAUCGGGUCCAAGAUUGGUAAAACGGGUAUUGCAAUUGUUUAUGGUACUUCCAACUUCACAAACUUUAAGCUAUUGGAUGGAGUUUUGCAUGCGGUUCCGGGUACGGGUAUGUGGGAGUGUGUGGACUUUUACCCGGUAUCAACCGAUGAGGCAAACGGGUUGGACACAUCAUAUAACGGGCCAGGUAUAAAGCAUGUGUUAAAAGCAAGUUUAGAUGACGAUAAGCAUGAUUACUAUGCUAUUGGGACAUAUGACCCGGUAAAGAACAAAUGGACUCCUGAUAACCCGCAAUUGGAUGUGGGUAUCGGGUUGAGACUGGACUACGGGAAAUACUAUGCGUCAAAGACAUUUUAUGACCCGAAGGAACAAAGAAGAAUAUUGUGGGGAUGGAUUGGGGAAACUGACAGUGAAGCUGCUGAUCUGCUGAAGGGAUGGGCAUCUGUACAGAGUAUUCCAAGGACUGUGCUUUAUGAUAAGGAGACUAGGACACAUGUUCUUCAGUGGCCAGUUAAAGAAAUUGAGAGCUUAAGAAUUGGUGAUCCUCUAGUGAAACGGGUCAAUCUUCAACCAGGCUCAAUUGAGCUAGUCCAUGUUGACUCAGCCGCACAGUUGGAUGUAGAAGCCUCAUUUGAAGUGGACAAAGCAGCACUCGAGGGAACAAUUGAAGCAGAUGUUGGUUUCAACUGCAGUACUAGUGGAGGUGCUGCUAAAAGAGGCAUUUUGGGACCAUUUGGUGUCGUUGUAAUUGCUGAUCAAACGCUUUCUGAGCUAACUCCAGUUUACUUCUACAUUGCCAAAGGACCUGAUGGCCGAGCUGAAACCUACUUCUGUGCUGAUGAAACUAGAUCCUCAGAGGCUCCUGGAGUUGCUAAACAAGUGUAUGGUAGUUCAGUACCAGUGUUAGAUGAUGAACAACACUCAAUGAGAUUAUUGGUGGACCACUCAAUUGUGGAGAGCUUUGCUCAAGGAGGAAGAACAGUCAUAACAUCGCGAAUUUACCCAACAAAGGCAAUCAAUGGAGCAGCACGACUGUUCGUUUUCAACAAUGCCACGAGGGCAAGUGUGACUGCCUCCCUGAAGAUUUGGUCACUCGAAUCAGCUGAUAUUCGAUCCUUCCCCUUGGACCAGUUGUAAUUCGUCGAACCAUAUAUAUUUUCUUCAUUCUUUUUCCAUGUGGAGGUUAUUCGCCAUCCGAUCAAGGAAUGGAAGAGAGGCAAUAAAGAGAGAGAGAGAGAGAGAGAGAGAGAGAGAGAGAGAGAGAGAGAAUAGGCUAGAAUAUGUAGUGUUAUAUACUUAUUUCAGUUAUUUUUCUGCUGGAUUGGUGCUGUUUCAAAGCUUAGGUUUAGUUCUUGUGCAGCUAGCAGUGUGGCCAUUGUACUCUAUUGUAACAAUAUGUUUUACAGAUAAAACCAUUUCUUCAUUUUGGCA